GGGCAACCACGUCAAUCACCCAUUCUAUCACUAUCAUGUUUCAGAUCAAUUCUCCAACAAACGCCAUCAUGGGACUUCUAGCAUCUAUCAAAAAUCGUCGUAUCGGUACAGGAAAAACUAAAGCUAUACCUGAAUUAUAUAACCAUGCGCAAGGACCUAUGCUGUAUUACUCCCCAGCCACAGUCAUCCAACAACAUGCCCCCUUUGGUUCGUCUUCCAAUGGCACCCUAACGAAUUUGACCCACAUUGAGCAGGAAAACCAACGGCUUCUCUAUCUUACGCAAAUUAUGGCGGAAGAGAGAAUGGGAGAGAAGGCUGUCUACAGCAAUUUCCUCGAAACCGCCUAUCGAGAGAAAUACGGUGGUCAAUGGGAUCUCCAUCUCAGAAGCGAGCACCCAACAUUCGAGAUCAAGCGCAAGCCCGUUCCUUCUAGCCAGUCAAGCUCUCGGGAUACCAGCCCUAGCGCCUCCUCAUCCCGAUAUAGCGGCACUCCCAUGAAUGAGUAUUCUUCGGGGUCGUGGUUCAACACAUCGAGUCCCGGCUCCAGUCGAUCCAGCUCCCGAAGCCCUUCACGAAGCGAAACCAGCGGCCGCUCGGAUUCUUCGAAGACACUGGUAAACGGGGGCAAACACUCGCACUUGGCCAACGGGAGAAACCGUUCCCAUGCCGCGGUAUGGCCCGUCAGCUACAAUCCUCUGCGAUACAUUGCCCGCCGCCCUCUUUCCAUUAUUCCAGAGGACGGUAUCGGUGAGACGGCAGCAAGAGCAGCCCGGCAAGCACUCCUUCAAACAGCUCAGAAGCCGGUCGUGCCCGUGGCUCCCAGCCCUAAGAAGAAGCUGAAGUAUGCGCCAGCUCCCAGGAGCCAUUUGGCUCGGGGAACAAUGCGCAAUAGGCGCUAGUGGUGGGUCCUUCGAAGUAACUGACCUAGAAGGGGGAGUCAUUUGAGGCUGGUAGCUUCAAAGUGCAUAAACGAGGACCUGAUAAUGGUAUCCGAUUACGACGCAUCACAUAGACUUAAUUCAGGGCGGCAGCCUUUCUGAUGCAGUAGCCUAUGCUCUACAUGAUAUCAUUUACGAUAGACAAGUAGUCACGGAUAAGGGCUUAGCUUUGGCAACAGCUGUUCGAAAGGGAAAAGCAUAAGCUUCGAAUCACGUCAAUUAAAAGCCCUGCCACAACCAACUAG